GUUAGAGUGGGGCAGGGUGGCCCCAGGCUGAGCCGGGCUCUCGGGGGGUGGUUAAAAUGGGGCAGGGUGGCCCAUCUUGGGACUUUCCGGUGGCACUGGGGCCCUGCCAUGCCCGGGCCCUGAGCCGCUGUCCCUGGCUCUAGGAUGGGCUCCAGCGCCGCGCUGCAGCUGGAGUACAGGAGGUGUGUGGAAGGGGAUUUCCGCAGGGGCCGCGCGGGGGUCUGUGCUGACCCGGCCCUGAGGGCGUCGCUGCGGCAGCGCCCCCAUGGGCUUGGUGCUGCUGACAGGGUGACUCAUUGCGUCAGCGACUGUGUGGCGGAGCCAAGGGAGCUGAGAUCACCCGGUGAGUCUGGCUGGGGCCCAGCGCCGGGCUCAGCACAUCACACCGCGCUUGUGUUGCAGAUGUUCUCCGGGGUGUACGUGCACUCCCUGCAGGCGGCGCUGGCGGACACGGACAUCGCCAGGAGCUUCCGCAGGAUGGGCUACGUUCGGCGAGACGACCAGCAUCUCGUGGUGUCCUGCCCUCCCCCGGCUGCUGAGCUUGUCCAAGCAGCCUGUGGCUUCUUUGCAGCGAGGGUGGAGUGCGAGAUCCUGGGGGAGAUCCUUCGGAAGCUGGGGCCGUGCCGAGUGUCUGCUGAAGACCUGCUCCAGGUGCGGAGGGGCACCAGGGUCCUGGAUGACUGUGUGGAGAAGCUGCAGGGUGUUGCCGGAUGGCCGACAGGCAGGGGCCCUGGGGCCCAGGGCUGUGAUGAAAGCGUUGAUCUCUACAGGGAUGAGCUGGAAAACCCAGAGGAUUUGGUCGACCCCAUGGAAGCCAGGCUGCACUCUUCCCAUUGGGGUUUGUCCUCCUGGGAGCAGCCCAGGCCUCCCAUCCGGGAACAAAGCCCCCCCCUGUGGAGCAAGCCUGUUGGAGGACGUUAUCCUGAGGAUCUCCGGGGAAACAAGGGAAGGUUCUGGGACAAGUGGGGGGCUACUGAAUCUGGCUGGGAGCAGCCUUAUAGAAACGGGCCCGACCCAGAGGCUGCCUCUUUCUCUUUCAUGUCCUGGAGAAAGGAGCUUAGCAGGGGAAGUGACUCGGUCUCUCCUGAGCGCGCUGGGCGCACGAGCCCUUUUGACAGUGCGGUGCUGGAGCCACUGCAGGCAGCAAGCUGCCUCCGGCCCUGCUCUGCUGGCACAGCUGUGCCCUCAGCGGGCAGAGUGGCCCACAGCUGGUCCGAGACUGCAGAGAGACCCUGGGAGCCGCCACCUGGUGCCGCAGGGCUAGAGGGCAGCAGUGGGGAAGUGCCGGAGCCACCGUGCUACCAGCUGCAUUCGUGCCUGAGCCGAGGUGCCCUCCCCUCGUACUGCUGUGCCACGUGCUAUCUGCUCCACGCUCGGGGCUGCGAGGCCGUGCAGGCCUGCCGGGGCAGCCACCACAUGCAGGAGCUGCAGAGCGAGACCCAGAAGCGGAUGUGGUUGCAGAGGACUGAGGUGGACAUGCUGCUGAACAAAGGCUCUGGCGCUCGUCCCUAGCUCCAGAACAGGUUGCCUUCCCUGCGCCUGCAAAUGCUGUGGGACGUGCCAACCAAAUCCUACCUCGGGGUAGCAUCGGGAGUUGUCCGAUGCCACUGGACCUGUCCUAGGGGCCUGCUCCCUCCUGCCCCCACCCACUACAGCAGUGCUCUGUAGACUCGCCCCACACCCUCCCCCGUUGUCGCUUACUAUCCCCCCUCAAGUCCUGUGAGCUAGUUCAGGGAUCAGCCUCCGCUGUGUCCGUCCUGCCUGCGUAGGAAGGGCUCUAGCUUCCCUCUGCUCUGCCAGGACAGCAGGGAACUCAGCUCACAGGCUUCUCAGGGGAAGAAGUGUCUGGAUUCAGGCUGGGCCCUGGCCCCAGGCUCGUGGGUCAGGAGUGGCACAUACAUCUGCCCCUUAAUCUCCCGUCCUGCCUGGCUCAGCUGCACAGGGAGUGACUGCUCUGCUCUUGUUCGGCAGUCGCCUCCUGGGACCAGACCUUGCCUCACGAGCAGCGGUGCUUAGGGUUCUCCAGAAUCCAGGAUUGCUGGGACCUUGGAGGAAGGGUCACACUUCACGCUCGGGCUGCCAUGCCUUAGGGUCCGGCUCUGCAGAUUCACUUACCAUCGCCCCACGGCUCAGCUCUGGACUCCCGUCCUCGGCCUGGGCAUUGCUUGUGCCUUUCCUGGGAAGGUGCUGAGUGCUUGGGUGGGAGCAGAGCGGCUGUCUCGCAUGGCAGGGGUUGAGCAGAGCUCCCGGAAAGGACAGCCAAUCCCUCCCUCCCCUGGAAACCCCAAGGCUGCC